AUAGACGUUGUUUUCCACCAAAGUGAAGAGUCAGAAGAGACUGGCGUGCAUGCUAGACCAUACUCGUAUCUUUAUGAGUCCGUGCAGCUAUCAAUCCGGAAUCCUCAGGAGGAGCAUGAGUGUUCCAGUGCACAAAGUGAUACGUUCACUUCUUCGCAACCAUGUGUGGCGCAGGGCGAUGCCGAAAACUUGAAUCUUCUUCGACCGACUAUAAAAGAAGAUCCCGAGGAAGAUGAUCUUCCGCAACCAACAGAAAGCUCGCUCGUCGAUUCGAUGGAACACGAGAUCUCACAACAGGAGAUUUUUUUGGAUUCUCCUUCUUGCAGUCGUGUGCUGAAUCUCAAUCACAGUGAAGAACUUGCAGCUUCUGAUUUGCCGGAUGUUUGCGGAAUAGAGGCAGAGUAUAACGUCUCUGAAUCGCAAAAGGAUUCGCAAACGCCGAAGUUUUUAAAAUGCCCCGAGAGCCUCCAGUUACCAAAAUCUGAGUUCUCUGUUGAGAACGAGUUGGAAGAGGUGAGUAUUACUGUAUUUGUUCGUCGAUGUCGAUAUUUCUGA